CAGACAUUGCAAAAGCAGCCACUGCAAGACAACCCACACAGACACUGUAACAGACACCAAGCGACAUGGGAUUGCUUAGCGUUGAAGAGCUGGUCACAGGAAAGCGCUGUGAUGGCAAGGACACUGGAGGGGCUUGUGCUGAUGUGUAUGCAACAGGGGAGUACGAAGCAUCGAUUCAUCAGGAGAAACAAGACGGUGUGCGCUCACAGACAAAACAGGGAGCUACCACAAGAAAUGAUGUCACACAGAAUGAGCUCAACCUCAAAAUAGACAUAUCAGGACAUCUGAAGCUGGAGACCGUUGAUGACCUCUACAAUAUCAUUGAGCUGAAAAAGAGAAGGAGACAGAGGAAACCAAUUGUCCACAAGAAAGAGCCUGAGCCUGAAGUCGUGCCGGAAAUAGUGGAUGAGGCCAUGUUCCUGAAAGCUGCUAUGGAGAACAAGCUGCCAGUGAUUGACAAGUACCUGGCCGAUGGAGGAGACGCCAAUACCAGCGACCAUUUCAAACGUUCUGCACUACACAAGGCCAGCUAUCAAGGUCAUAUUGAUGUUAUGAAGAGACUCUUGGAGGCUGGGGGAUCCAUAGAGAUGAAAGACAAGUUGGAUGCCACAGCUGUGCAUUGGGCCUGCCGAGGGGGCAGCCAGCCUGCCCUUGAACUCCUCCUGAACCAAGGGGGCAAAUUCAACUCCCGAGAUAAGUUACGGAGUACACCCCUCCACGUGGCGGUGAGGACUGGACACUAUGAGUGCGCAGAAUACCUCAUACACUGUGGAGCAGACAUCAACGCUAAAGACAGAGAUGGCGACACACCUAUGCAUGAUGCCGUGAGGAUAAACCGAUUUAAAUUUAUUAAACUGCUGCUGAUGUAUGGAGCCAGUCUUAAAACCAAGAAUCUGGAUGGAAAGUCACCAAUGGAAAGUCUUCUAGCAUGGCAGAGUGGAGCCAAGACCAUCCUAUGCAACUUUAAAGACGAUGAUGUGAACACAACCAAGUGAAGGGACAUGGGGAAGCAUUUGGUGAUAUUAUAUCGCAGAGCUCUAGGAUAUUGGACUGGACUAGGUCUUCGCUACAGGUCAACAAGUAGAGUAGUCCUAUAGGCAAAACAAAUUGGCUGGCCAAUUUAAAGAUGAACUUUGGUAUUUCUAAUUUGCCUUGUGCUGAUAUUACCGGUCUUGAAAGUGAUCUGUUUUUGAUGGACAACUAAAUGCAGAAUGAAACAUUGUUGUUUUGAUGUACAGUAGGCAUAAUGCUUGGUAAUGAGAGUACAAGCUGUCAGCUCUGCAGUCUGAAUGAAUAUUAUCAGGUGUAUGCAGAGGUGUUUGACACUGCUGACAGAUGACUGAUGAAACAGAUAUUCUCUGGUCUUGAUGACAGGAAAUGUAUGUGAUCAAUGGUUUGUGGAGGUAGAAACAGAGUGAGUGCAUGUAAUGCAAACAGCUGAGCAUGGAAGAUACUUUUUCUAGAUGAAACUUGUAUAUUUGUCUUUUUUCUGUUAAUGGAUGUUUUAUAGAUUUUCAACUAAUUUAAAUAUUGUUAUAAUAAAGCUUUCUUUUGUGUUUUCAUA